CUUUCAAAAGCCUUACUAGACAAGACCUGAGCAGAAGCAAUUAUUUUUCCGGGUUGACCAAUCAUCUUCAUAGAGACGUACGGGACCGUGUACCUGGUUGUCUAUUUACUUGAUAAAACAUUCAUUUACCGACCAAGGUCAGGUGGAAAUUGCCUACAUUUCGAAGGUGGUUCAUUGUCCAUCAUGGGGAACCUGAUCAAGGUGUUGACGAGGGACAUUGAUAACAAUGCGGGAAACUUCUUCCUGGACUUUGAGAAUGCCAAGCCUACAGAAGCAGAGAGGCAGCAGUGGGAGCAGGUGAACAAGGUGCUGCUGGAGGCUCUGGCCAUACUGGAUGACCUGCAGUCCUACCGUGGAGCAGGAGAAGAGAUCAGACAGGCGAUACAGAAUCCUAGUGUGGACCAGGUCCAGGAGAGAGCCUGGGCUGCCGUGGUGCCGCUGGUGGGGAAACUGAAGAAGUUCUAUGAGUUCUCUCUGAGGUUAGAGGGGUCGUUGCAUGGUCUGCUAAAGUCUCUGACCAGCGCACGCUGCAGCCCCACACAGCAUCUGGAGCAGGAGCAGGCCCUGGCCAGACAGUUCGCUGAGAUCCUCCACUUCACACUGCGUUUUGAUGAGCUAAAGAUGACAAACCCCGCCAUCCAAAAUGACUUCAGCUACUAUAGGAGGACACUGAGCCGAAUGCGCAUCAACAAUGUCGCUGCAGAGGAGCAGAACGAGGUCAAUAAUGAACUGGCCAAUCGGAUGUCUCUGUUCUAUGCCAAUGCCACGCCGAUGCUGAAAACGCUAAGCGACGCCACAACAAAAUUUGUCUCAGAUAACACUGACUUACCCAUUGAGAACACGACAGACUGCCUCAGUACAAUGGCCAGUGUGUGUAAAGUCAUGUUGGAGACACCGGAGUACCGUAGCCGCUUUGCCAACGAGGACACUGUGUCCUUCUGUUUGCGUGUGAUGGUGGGGGUAAUCAUCCUUUACGACUAUGUCCACCCUGCAGGAGCCUUCACCAGGUCCUCCAAGAUAGACAUGAAAGGAUGCAUCAAAGUCCUGAAGGAUCAGCCUCCAAGCAGUGUGGAGGGCCUUUUAAAUGCUCUCAGGUACACAACAAAGCAUUUGAAUGAUGAGACUACCUCCAAGCAAAUAAAGAAUAUGCUACAAGUCAAUUAACUGAAACGGUUCAGUAUCAGGAGUUGUCAUUAUCUGACAUAAGAGUUAAUUAAACUGCUGUAUUUUGUAUAAUUUCAAAAAGGCAGUCUUUUAAUUAACAAAACAGACAUCAGGCCUUUAGUUGACUUGCAGGUAAGUAGUAAGGCCCUAAUUUUCCAUAAGUCAUUUCACUGGAGCAAUUUGACUGUAAAAUAUGGUUUUGUGCAUUACAAAUCUAUAUAUUCAAAAUAUUUUUUGUUAACUUUACUUGACAUUACUCAUGCAGAAAAGUUCAGAGGAACUUGUAAGUUGAAAAUGCAUUCACUGUCAUACAUGUUAAAUGACAGUGUGUAAUUACAUAUGGUUCUAUAUUCAGAACAGAUUGCAAUUCUUGCAACAGUGUGCUUAUACAUCAAAUUACACUCCUAACAAGAGUGCUGUGAAGUGAUGGUACCCAUUUUCGAAAACAAAUAUCUCUGGACAACGACAGUUUAGUAUUAAUUAUAACUGGAAGCACUCAACAACAAAAAAAUCUUUUUAUACUUGUAUGAUACAGUGUCAGCAUUUUUUUAAAUGUAAAUUGAUUUUUAUUUUUGCAAGAGGUACAGAAUGUUUGAGUUGACAAAAUAAAAAUAAAUGUUUUUUUUUUUU